UCAAAACUAUCACUCAAUUUGACAUUAAUUAGAAAAAAGUUACCACAAAAAAUUUGUUAAUAAUAAAUUUCCUAAAAAAACUAAAUUAAAUCUUAAAAAAUCCUUUAAAAACCGCAAAAUGGCCAGCGCAACGUUCUACACCUUCGACCCGUGCGUGCGGUCGGGCCUGCCGUGCGGCGCGUGUCCCCCCUACACGAAGGACCCGUGCGUGGCCAGCUACAACGACCUGCGGCGCUGCUCGUGCUGCCCCGGCGGCGGCUGCAGCGAGUGCCCGGCGCCCGUGCGGCCCUGCCCCUCGCCCUGCCCGCCGCCGCCCGUGCUGCCCUGCCUGCCGCCCUGCCCGCCCUGCGCGCCGCCGCCGCGCCCGCCGCCGCCGCCGCUGCCGUACUGCGAGACGGUGGCCAUCCCCUGCUGCCGGCCCAACCGCUGCAAGCCCUGCCCGGUGUACCGCUGCCCGCCGCCCGCGUGCCGCUGCCCGCCGUGCAGCUACCCGGGCGUGGCGCGCUGCGGCGGCUGCUGUGGACCCUGCAUGCCCGUCUGGUGAAUGCAAGCCUAUGUUUUGUUUACAACAAUUUGUGGCCCUGUUUCGAUACGUUUAAAUGUUGUUAUAAUAAAAAUUUUGAAUUCAAAUCAA